GACGCGCGCGGCGCGAGGAGCGGGACGGGGCGGGCCGCCGGAAGUGACGCGCACGCGGCGGAGCGGCCGUUGUCACCGGAAGUGACGUGCGGAGCCGGCAUGGCGCACAUCACCAUCAACCAGUACCUGCAGCAGGUGUACGAGGCCAUCGAGUCCAGAGACGGGGCGUCCUGCGCGGAGCUGGUGUCCUUCAAGCACCCCCAUGUGGCCAACCCUCGGCUGCAGAUGGCCUCUCCGGAGGAGAAGUGCCAGCAGGUCCUGGAGCCCCCGUACGACGAGAUGUUCGCGGCUCACCUGAGGUGCACCUACGCAGCCGGGAAUCACGACUUCGUGGAGGCCUACAAGUGCCAGACCGUCGCCGUCCAAUCUUUCCUGCGGGCGUUUCAGGCCCACAAGGAGGAGAACUGGGCCCUGCCCGUCAUGUACGCCGUGGCUCUGGACCUGCGCGUCUUCGCCAACAGCGCCGACCAGCAGCUGGUGAAGAAGGGGAAGAGCAAGGCGGGGGACAUGCUGGAGAAGGCGGCCGAGCUGCUCAUGAGCUGUUUCCGCGUGUGCGCCAGUGACACCCGCGCCGGCAUCGAGGACUCCAAGAAGUGGGGCAUGCUGUUCCUGGUGAACCAGCUAUUCAAGAUCUACUUCAAGAUCAACAAGCUGCACCUGUGCAAGCCGCUGAUCCGCGCCAUCGACAGCUCCAACCUGAAGGAGGACUACAGCACGGCACAGAGGGUCACCUACCGCUACUACGUGGGCCGCAAGGCCAUGUUCGACAGCGACUUCAAGCAGGCCGAGGAGUGCCUGUCCUUCGCCUUCCAGCACUGCCACCGCGCAAGCCGGAAGAAUAAGAGAAUGAUUCUUAUUUACCUGCUGCCGGUCAAGAUGCUGCUGGGCCACAUGCCAUCCACGGAGCUGCUGAAGAAGUACCAGCUGCUGCAGUUCGUGGAGGUGACCAAGGCUGUGAGCGACGGGAACCUGCUGCUGCUGACAGAGGCGCUGAGCAGGCACGAGGCCUUUUUCAUCCGCUGCGGCAUCUUCCUCAUCCUGGAGAAGCUCAAGGUCAUCACCUACAGGAACCUCUUCAAGAAAGUGUACCUGCUGCUGCGGACACACCAGCUGUCCCUGGACGCCUUCCUCGUGGCCCUGAAGCUCAUGCAGGUGGAGGACGUGGACCUCGAGGAGGUGCAGUGCAUCCUGGCCAACCUCAUCUACAUGGGCCACAUCAAAGGCUACAUCUCCCACCAGCACCAGAAGCUCGUGGUCAGCAAGCAGAACCCGUUUCCCCCGCUGUCCACCGUGUGCUGAGGGCGCUGGGCAGAGCCAGGGCCGAUGGCCCCGGCCCCGAGGUGCCGCCUCUGUCGUGGGGGCCCCCGAGGGCCCUGCAGGCAGCUACGUCCCCCACCCGCACACUUGGGCGACUUCCCGAACCCCAACAGCGCCACGUCUGGCCGUGUGCCGUCGCCACCCUCCUGCCGCAGAGGCUCGUGAGCGACGUGGGUGACCCUCGGCCCCCUCCCCGGGGCCUUUACGUCUGUCGGUUCGUGCAGAACACGCGGCAGGCGAGGCCACAUGAUGUUUAUUUGAGCUCGGUUCACAGCAGAUUAAAGCAGCACAGAAGCU